CGGGCAGCGCUGCCCGGGCUGCAAGGAUGGGGCAUCAUCGCCCGGUCGCCCUCCGCCUCGCCGCCGCCGCCGCCCCGCUCCUCCUCGCCGCCCUCCUGCUCCCCACCGCCGCUUCGGAGCAACUCCCGCAGCCUCCCAACGGCACCGAAGGCCAAGGGGUUCUUUGGAGAGGAGGCCAACUGCAGACCACGGCUAAUGAUGGGGACUCGUUGGGCGAGGAGAUCCGAGCGGUGGCAAAGAACACCGGCACACAGCACGGGGAGAACGUCUCAGAGACCUCACAGGCAUCUGGAGUGAAGGAAUCCCAGCUCAAGGCACCUGCGGGGGACACCCCAGCUGUCGGUGGUCCUCCGGGGACUGGCGUCUCGGUGAGGUUCUUGCCUGGAGACAUGGCGGAAGAGAAGAAUGAGUCAGGCCUUUGUUUGGGCUGCUCGGCAGCCUUGGAAAAGUGGGAGAAGGGUCAAGCGUGGCAGCCUGUGUGGGCCCGGCAGCGGAGACAAGAAGACGGGGAGAAGAGGCCCAUGGAGGCAUUGUCCGGGGCAACCGUCUUUGCCCGGCCGGCCGAGGGACCGGACACGGCCUGGAAAGAAGUGCCCGCUUCGGACAGCCGAGAGGAAACUGGCAGCGGGGACCAGCACCAACUGAAUCAAGAGGAUGUGGCCGAAGGGGGCCCGGUGCCGACGGACACCCCGUUUGCCACCCAGACCAGCUCGCCCUCCGGCCACAACAAUGCCGAAGGAGAUGUUUACCUCGACCUGUUUGGGGACAAGGCGUUGACCACCUCGACGGGCUCGAAAGAUCAAGACUCAGCCCAAAAAGAGGAGCCCUUAGAGUUGUGGCUGGAGACGGCCUCCACCGUUUCGCCGUCGGAAGGAACGCAAGGACACACAGACCUGUCCUGGCCGGGCGCGGAGACCCCGCCACCGGCCGCGGUCACUCCCCUGAUUCCCAAGACCUCCCCGGACCCCUUGGCCUCGGAAAUCAUCGAUGUCGACUACUACGACCUCUUUGAUGGCGGGGAGGGCCUGGCGGGCGCCCCCGGCCCGGAUUCCACCAAACGGCAGCCUUCGGAGGACAAAGGAAUGUCGUGGUCGCUCCACGACCUCUACGACGACUUCACCCCCUUCGACGAGGCCGACUUCUACCCCACCACCUCCUUCUACACCGACGGCGACGAGGAGGAAGACCUGGAGGAGCCGGAGGAGGAGGAAGACCUGGAGGAGGAGGAAGGCGAGGAGGAGGAAGGCGAGGAAGGAGGACGAGGAGGGCCAGCCCGGGAUCUGGAGGAUGAGAACGACCAGCGGGCCCCCACCGACAAGGCCCCUACUGCCAAGCCGCAGGACCCAGAGCCCACCGGUCGGCACUUUCUGGUCCCUCCGCUGCAGACUUUUAUCAUCUCGGCCGGAAGUGGCCCCGCGGUCAGCCCCAGGCCGCGACCGGCCGAAGCCGGGAGGGACCUCCACCUGGCGGUCGGCGGAAGUACCGAGAAUGCCACCGAAUGCCGUAGCGGCUACCUCCGGCACAACACCACCUGCAAGUCCGUGUGCGACACCUUCCCCAGCUAUUGCCACAACGGAGGGCAGUGCUACUUGGUGGAGAACCUGGGCGCCUUCUGCAGGUGCAACACGCAGGACUACAUCUGGCACAAGGGCAUGCGCUGCGAGUCCAUCAUCACAGACUUCCAGGUGAUGUGUGUGGCGGUGGGCUCGGCCGCCCUGGUGGUCCUGCUCCUCUUCAUGAUGACCGUCUUCUUCGCCAAGAAGCUCUACCUGCUCAAAACGGAGAACAGCAAGCUGCGCAAGACCAAAUACCGCACUCCGUCUGAGCUGCACAACGACAACUUCUCGCUGUCCACCAUUGCGGAGGGCUCCCACCCAAAUGUAAGGAAAUUUUGUGACACCCCGUGUAACCUCUCCCCUCAUGCCCGUGCAUUGGCUUACUAUGAUAACAUUAUCUGUCAGGAUGACCCCGGAGCCCCCCACAAGCUCCCGGACCCACUGAAGUCCUGCCUGAAGGAGGAGGAGUCCUUCAACAUCCAGAACUCCCUGCCCCCCAAGAUGGACAACGGCAAGGGGGACCCCCAGGAGGGCGGCGAGCGGAACUGCCUCCAGAACAACCUCACCUGAGCCCCUCACCUGAGCAAGAGAGAAAAGGCGCGAAAGAGAGAGAAAGGGAA